AUGCGAACAUUGACGAGUAUUUGUCGAAAACCAUUUUUCUUGCGAGUACUUGCUCUUAAUUCCCCAGAAUGGUGUUCAAUAUUAUUGGGCAGUAUUACAUCAUUGAUUUAUGGAGCUGUGACUCCAUCCUAUGCUUUGAUUUUUGCUCUUGUAUUUGGUUUAUUUUCUCAAGAUAUUGACUCAGCAGAACGUAAUGCACGAAACUAUGCAAUCAUGGUUUUUUGUAUCGGUCUAGCUGGUGGUCUCUGCCAAUUUAUUUCGUCAUAUGCAUUUGCUCGAUCGGGAGAGGCAUUAACUGUUCGAAUGCGUGUUAUGUCAUUCGCUACGAUGUUACGUCAGGAAAUGGCAUGGUACGAUCAAGAAAACAAUCAACAUGGUGCUCUCGUUACACGUUUGUCGAAAGAUGCAGCUGCAUUGAAAGGCAUGACUGGUGUUACUAUCGGUGCUUUUCUAAAUGCUGUUGGCACUUUAAUUGCCGGUUUAAUUAUCAGUUUUAUUGCCGGUUGGAAAUUAACACUUGUCCUUCUAUGUUUUACUCCGCUUAUUGUACUCACCGGUUUUAUGCUUGGUCAAAAAAUAUCAAAGGCUGGUCAAAAGAAAGUCAUUUCUACUCAUGCAGAACGUGGAAGUAUGUAUGCUGCUGAAUCGUUUAAGAACAUUCGUACUGUCGCCUCACUUCAAAUCGAAAAUCAUUUUAUCGAACUAUAUAAAGAAGCUUACAACAAAGAAUUUAGAUCGUCAUUGUGGCAAAGUCAAAAAAUUGUACUUGGCAAUGCAAUUGCCAAUACACUCAUGUUUUUUAUUCAAUUGACCGCUUUUGGUUAUGGUGCUCGUUUAGUGCUUGAUCAAGAAAUGACUUACGUUGGAGUAUUUCAAGUUUUUGCUGUCAUUACGUAUGGCACAAUAGCUUUUGGUCGAAGUGCAAGCAUGGUGCCAAAUUAUAGUCAAGCAAAACAAGCAUCGAUCAAAAUUAUGGAUCUAAACUCUCGUCAAUCAAUUAUUGAUCCAGAUAAAGAAACGGAAGGAAUAACUUUAAAAAAAGUAGGUGGUACAUUGGAAUUUCGUGAUGUUUCUUUCAAAUAUCCGUCGCGCAAAGGACGCGUAUUAAAAAACUUGUCCUUCACAUGUGGACAAGGUGAAGCAACAGCAAUUGUUGGUCCGAGUGGAUCGGGUAAAUCGUCGUGCAUUGCUUUACUGGAACGUUUCUAUGAUCCUCAACAAGGAGCAGUUCUACUUGACGGGCACGAUUUACGCACACUCAACGUUAAAUGGCUUCGUUCAAUCAUUGGUCUUGUACAACAAGAACCUGUUCUAUUCAAUCUUUCGAUUCGUGAUAACAUUGCUUAUGGAGAUACAACGCGAACGUUUACAGAUGCUGAAAUUAAUGAAGCUGCUCGACUGGCUGAUAUUCACCACACUAUUAUCGGAUUGGCACAGGGGUACAACACGAUAUGUGGUACUAGUAGUCAAGUUCAGUUGGCAGGUGGUCAAAAACAACGAAUUGCUAUUGCACGAUUGCUUGUUCGACAACCUAAAAUAGUUCUUUUCGAUGAAGCAACCUCUGCAUUGAAUACCGCAGUUGAAGAGAAUAUUCUGCGUGAACUUGAUCGAGCACGAAGAGAUCGAACUUGUGUUACAGUGGCUCAUCGGCUUUCGACCAUCCGAAAUAGUGACAAGAUAGUUGUGUUAGUACAUGGACGACUUAACGAGCAAGGAACUGACACAGAACUUUCUGCCAAUUCAAAUGGUACUUAUUCUCAGUUGCUUAGAGCAGCUGGACUUGAUACAACUACUAAAAGAGAUACGGAUGAUUCUGAAACUAAAGUGGAACACUUUUAA